AAAAGUGCUGUCGUAUCUUAUAAACGGAACAAAGCAUUUCUAAUGGUUUCAUAAAGUAAUAAAAGCAGCGCCAAACGUCCCGCAUGAUCCGUAACGACUAACUUCACCUUUAAACACCUUGAAGCGAUUAAGCAUGAUCGGAAGUUUUGAAAACAAGAAUAAUCACAGCUUUAGUUAUAAUGACAGCUAUAGCUCUAAUGGUAGCAAUAAUGACUAUGAUUAUUCUGACUAUUAUAAUUAUCACGACAAUGAUGUGUGCAACAAGACUGAAGUGAUCCAGUUCGGAGCGGUGGUCACCCCCAUCUUUUUUGCUGUGGUCAUCAUGUUCAGUUGUGUGGGAAAUGCAUUGGUCCUGUGGGUGCUGAUUAAAUAUGAAAAUCUUAAAUCCCUGACCAACACUUUCCUCCUGAACCUGGCCAUCUCUGACCUCAUCUUUACCUUCGGCCUGCCCUUCUGGGCCAUCGAUCUCAUCUCGGGUUGGAUGUUCGGAGACGUCGCCUGCAAAUCUAUACACUUCAUCUUCUACCUGGGUUACUACAGCAGCCUUCUCUUUCUCACAGUCAUGACCGUGCAUCGCUACAUGGCCGUAGUGCACCCGCUGUCUGUGCUCUGGAACAGCACCCCAUACCAUUCCAUCGGGAUUUCUGCAUUCAUCUGGUUGCUGAGCUCCUGUGCCGCGACUCCUCAGUGCCUCUUCAAAUCGGCAGCUCAUAACAGAGACAGAGUUUACUGCGAUUAUAACAAUAACCUCACAUGGAAACUCAUUACCAUUUACCAGCAAAACGUCUUCUUCCUCAUUGCCUUCAUCACCAUUGCUUUCUGCUACAGUCGAAUUCUCUGCCGUCUGCUCAGACCCACAUCACACACCCGUCCCAAGACCGUCAAGCUCAUCCUCUGCAUCGUGAUCACUUUUUUCGUGGGUUGGGCGCCUUAUAACGUGUCCAUGUUCCUCAAAUCUCUGAUAUCGUUUAAAAUCUCGCCGUUCAACGAGUGUCACGUCAGCACCUCGGUGGAUUAUGUUUUGACCGUCUCCAGACUGGUGGCGUACUCUCACUGCUGCCUCAAUCCAAUGUUUUAUGUCUUUAUGGGGGUCAAGUUCAGAGAUCACCUAAAGACAGCGCUGAGGAAUUUCUGCCGGAAAGACAACCAGCAUCAAGACAAACGUCAAAGUCAUCUGAUUUACUCGAAUGGGGAGGAAAUUUCUAUGUACUAGCUGAUCUACUAUGUACUAUUGCUUAUAAGAUUUUAAAUCUGAAUUUAUCCUCAAUUUUUUUCAAUUGCUGUAUUUUGUAUUUGUAAAUAGCUUUUUGAUUAUUGAAAUUUUUUUUUUUAAGAAUUAAAAAAUAUAUAUAUUUUUUUUUUUACAAUUAGCACUGUAGUUAAACCUUUGUAUGCUACAUAAAUUUUUACAAAUACUUUUAUACUCUAAAAACACAAAAUCUUUGUACCAAUCGUUAAUGUUUUACUUCACUUUUUUUUAUUUUUAAUUUUACUGUUUAUGUAAAUGUUUGCGAAUGUAAAAAGCCCUUUUUAUUAUACGAUGCAUAAACAUCAUACUUACAUGAACUGUGUACUUUUUUUUCACUGCAGUUACAAUUCCUCUCUCAGACACCAGGGGGCUCCAACAACCUGCUGUAAAAUGAUUAAAAUGCAUAAUAAUUAAUGCAUCUUUUUUGUAAUCACGUAUGUUUACACAAUAUAGGUGUUUAAUGAACACUGAAUAAAACAUGACAAACUUUUA